UUAUAUAUUGGGUUCUGCACAUUUAAUGCUCUAAGUACGUACGUACAGUAGUAAUACUUCAUCACUCACACCAGAAAGAUCAGAAUUAAGCUGCAAGAUGGUUGGGAAGCUCUCCCACGAGAUAGAGGUAAACGUGCCGGCAAGCGAAGCUUGGGAGCUCUAUGGUACCCUUCGGUUGGGAAAACUUAUUGUUGAAGAGGCUUUUCCAGGUAUCAUUGAGAAAAUUGAGGUCAUUGAAGGUGAUGGUGAGGCUGGGACCAUCGUCAAGAUCAUACCAGGAACAGCUGGUUCUAAAGCUUAUAGAGAGAAGUUCACAAAAGUCGACAAUGAGAAACGCCUGAAAGAACUAGAGGUGAUUGAAGGAGCUUAUCUUGAGAUGGGGUUUACAUUUUAUCGUGUGAGUUUUGAGAUCGUGGAAAAGGGCGAUGAUUCAUGCAUUAUAAAAACUAAAGUUGAGUAUGAUGUGAAGGAAGAGGCUGCUGCUAAUGCCAGCUCCAAUGUCGUCAGCAUCGAGCCAUUGGCAAAAGUCGCAGAAGCUGCCAAAAAUCAUCUCCUGAAAAACAAAACUGCUUAAGACCACCAUGCAUUGGUCGACAUUAUUAUAUUAUAUAUAGUUGGGAGCUUAAUUUUGUAGUACUCGUGUCAAUGUGUCAUGAUGAUCAAUAUAUAAAAUAGCAUGAUCUUAUUAAUUCAGUAAUAAAAUUUACAAAAUGAUGGUGAUGUUGAUGAUAUAUAUUCAUAAUAUUAGGUUUUUCAUGUAUAACAAUAUAUAUA